CCUUCCCUCCCUUCCCUUCCCUUCCCUUCCCUUCCCUUUCCUUCCUUCCCUUCCCUUCCCUUCCCUUCCCUUCCCCACUGACUCUAUUCAUGCUUCUGAUUUCAGCACAAGAAAGAAGAUGUCACAAAAACAGCUGAAAGAAGCCUUUAUCAGUAACCUGAACGGAACGAGCUUGCUGGAAGUUUCGCUGGGCUUGCCUCUAGCUCCGCUCUGUCUGCUUUGGAGAGGACUCCUCUUGAUUUUGUAUUACCUGCACCAUGGGAAGCCUCUAAGUUCAAGGAAAACAGCCUGCCUGCUGGACUUUGUUGUGCUGGUAUCUCCUCUCCUGUUCUCCUGUACAGUCCUGUCUCCAAUCAUCUUUUCGCCAAGCAUCAUUGCAGCCAUCUGUGCAGGAAUAUUUUCUAAAAUAUACAGCCAAAGAAAACACGAUACCAGAGCACCUUUCAGGCAAAUUGUAAAAGACUUCCAGAAGACGUACUUGGAUUCAGAAUACAUUCCAGCAAUAACUGCGUUCCGUGUUUAUGUCAACGUGCUGACAUCGAUCGGUAUUUUAGCAGUGGAUUUCCCACAGUUCCCAAGGCGAUAUGCCAAAGCUGAGACCUAUGGAACUGGAGUUAUGGAUUUGGGGGUUGGAGCUUUCAUUUUCGGUAAUGCUCUUGUUUGCCCUGAAGUUAGACAAAAGUCAUAUGUGAUGCAACCAAAAUUUUCCCAUCGGCCAAGCAGUUUUUUUUCCAUCUGGCCGUUGAUUUUCCUUGGCAUUGGACGACUCCUUAGCGUUAAAUCUAUCGAGUAUCACGAACAUACUUCAGAGUAUGGAGUGCACUGGAAUUUUUUCUUUACCUUAGCAUUUGUGAGGCUUGCAGCAUCUCUACUUUUAGCCAUAAUUCCAAAAAAUAAAUCUUGGAUUGUGGCUAUGAAUCUCGCUGUACUUUAUCAGCUUAUUCUUAACAUUACCUCUCUGAAGACAUUUGUCUUGCAUGGCAGCAAUGGCAAAGAUACUAGGGUUGGCUUUUUCAGUGCCAACAGGGAAGGCCUGCUCUCUCUCUUUGGAUAUCUAGCCAUAUACAUGGCAAGCGUGCAAGUAGGGCUCUAUCUGAUGAAGCGCAGAAACUCAGUCAAGGACUGGAUGGAAGCAGUCUGUUUCUUACUGCUGACCGUCCUCGUGCUCUUCGUACUUCUUCACUUGUCACAAGCACACGCAGACCCCGUGUCCCGCCGGCUGGCCAAUCUGUCGUACUGCAUAUGGGUCGUUGCUCACUGCCUGACUUUCUUUGUCUUCUUCGUAGUGACUGAUCUCGUGCUGGUGUUCACAAAGCUUCUCGUGAAGGGCUCCAGUGUGCCCUCUUGUUGGAGCAUUGCAAAGCCCCCUAACGCCAGUAAAAAGGAUGAAACGGAGGCUGUACCUAUCAGAAGGGAAAGUGAGCUGUCGCACGCUUGCCUGAUUAGUGCCGUUAAUAAAAAUCAGUUACUAUUUUUCUUGCUUGCAAAUGUUAUGACUGGUAUUGUGAAUAUAACGAUAGAUACAAUCCACAGCAAGACUGCAUUUACAUUAUGUAUACUGCAUUUGUAUAUGUUUUUAAACUGUUUAAUUAUGUAUACAUUGAAUGCCAAAAAUAUAGUAUUAAAAUUUUGGUGAUUCCA